AUGGCGUUUAGCAUAAGCUUUGCAAAUGUGUUAAAAGAAGAUUCUGCAAGUAUUAAAAAUCAGUUGAUCGAACUAGUUCGUUCAGGUAAAUCGGCCGAACUGCAGGUAUUCCUACGUGAUAGAAAGUCAUCACGUAGUUUACUCACUUCAAUGUUCACAAAUGCAUCGACAAAGGAUUAUAUAAGUCUAUUGAUGAUGGCUGUCACCGCUGGUAAUGAUGUGAUAGUGCGUCAGAUACUCCUCCACUCACCAAAUAUGGCCGAAACUAUUCAAUUGAGAGGUCGAAUACAUAGUGUUGAUGGGACUUUCGUCGACAAUGUAACUGCACUAUGGUGUGCGCUUGAUCGAGCACAUUUUACGGUGGCCCGUACUUUGAUUGAGGUGGGUAAAGCGAAUGUUAAUCAUGGUCCCAUUCACCCAUUGUUAAUUGAUGCUGUCAUUAGAGGAAGACUUGAUAUCGUCCGUUUUCUAGUUGAAAAUGAAUACGCUGAUAUAAAUGAAGUUAAAACCAAGGAUCAAGUUGAAUGUAACAGUUCAAUUCUAGCGACUAUGAUCGGUCAGUCAGAGAUGGCCAAAUAUUCCAUGAAAAACAAUGCUCAGUUAGAAGCGAAGAUGUCUCUAGGUGGAAAUACCGCACUAGCCGUUGCGGCCAUCAAUGGAAAUCUAGAAUUGGUACGAUGGUUGUGCAUGGCUGGUGCUUCACUAACGACAUAUAAUGAUGCGAAAAAAACACCAAUAGUAUUAGCAGCCGAAAAUGAAUAUUUUGACAUCGUUGGAUAUUUCCUUGAGCAAGAUCAUCGUGAGGCUGUAUUCGAUGAUUUGGAACUUGCUGCCGCGUUAUAUAUACUUACCGAUAAAGAAACUUCAAAAGAAAAAUCCGAAUGGAGCAUCGAAUUAUUAAAAUAUUCACUAGUCAAACGGAUACAGUUCGAGGUAUUGAAGGUUGUCGCUGAACCAGUUGAUCUCUAUAGCAAUCAACGUGAAUGUCAGACAGUUGACGAGUUUAAUCAGAUUCAAGCUGAUGAUAAUCGUUUACAUGUUGAAGCGUUACUUAUCCAAGAACGUGUUCUGUUGUCUAGAGAUGAAAAUCUAUCGCUGUCUUGGCUAUUCGACCGAGCGAUGGCAUUCGUUAACCGAAAUCAAUUUGACCAAUGUCUCGAUCUGAUUCUGCAUAUUUUUCAUUUAUCUCAACACGGUAAAUCUCAGCCUUCUCCCGAACAAUACUUCUGGCUCUUCUACACCAUGUUUAAAUCAGGAGAACCGAUUCCCGAACAACGAUUCUGGGAAGUUUGUGAUCUAAUCUUUCAGUCGGUGGCACAAGAUUUCGAUCCAUCUCACAAAAGAGAUCAACUACAUUUACUUGGACUGGCUACAAAAAUUGAGCAUUCCGAGAUUUUGUCGAUCUUGCGUGAAAUCAAUCUGGAUUACAGUGAUAUCGCCAAUCUCUAUUGUCACGGCUCAAGGACUCAAGGAACAUGUACAUCGACAUCCGAUCGAGAUUUGAUAAUUGUCGCCUAUUCUAAACAGAAACCGCUGACCUUCUGGGAGGACUUCGACUAUUUUCAUGAAUUCCAAUUACAUAAAUUACACAAUAAGUACGACGUAUGCGUUUAUUCUGUGGAAAACUUUGAAAAAUUACUGGAAAAGAACUAUUUGCUAUGCAUUCAAUGCUUAUUCUUACCGAAGCAGUUCGUAGUGAAAGAAGGGAUCGACUUUCGUUCGGUUUAUUUAGACAAAUAUUAUGAUCCAAAACGGAUUAAACUAGUUGCUUUGUAUGAAAUGUACGUUUCGAUGGGAAUGAUGCGUCAACCGAAGAGAUCGAGUGAUUCUGAAGCGGUUUCAAUAACAGACGAUAAAAGUCAAGCAAGACGAGAUUUUAUAUUCAAAAAUCUGUUUCACGGAAUUCGAUUCUUAGAUCUUGCUGAGCAAUUAAUUGAAACACGAUCGAUACAUGAUUUAACACGUGUUUCACACUUGUUAGGCACUAUGAAAGAGAUAAGGGGCGAUCCAACAGAUGAAUGCGCUCUAGAUCGUGUGUUGCAAUUCGUGCGUGUCAAAAGUACCGAGAUGCAAUCUCGACUGAACGCACUUGUACCAAGAGAACCUCUCGUAGGUCUUUUCAAAGUUCAUAUUACAUUUGAAUAUCAAUCGAAUUUUCAAGAAAUGCGGACGAAACUUAAAAGCAAACAUAACUAUUCAAAUUAUCAAUUCGCAAUUCUUCGAAUUUUAGACAAGAAAGAUUUUCCUCAUCUAACUGCGACACGAUUUUAUCACGGUGAAUAUCCUUCAAUGAUUCCAUCGCUUGAAAAAGAAAUACGUGAAGAAUUAGCCGACUUCAGCAUAGAAAGUAUCACGAUAACAUCGUCUAUUUCAAAUGAUGGUGUACCAAACAGUAAUAUGGAAAUGAAAUUACUUUGGGAUGAGCAAAUUUGCUGUUUUCAAUUGUGCUAUAAGGUAUUUUCAUGCAAUCAGCGUGUUAAGAAUUCAAUCAAGUCAAUAAUAUCGAAAAGAAAAUCGAGCCAAUCAUUGCAAAGCUGUCUUUCAAGUUAUAAAAUGACACGAGUUGAUGAGGAUAAAUUUGAGUAUAUACUCAAAGUAUCAUUAUCUGACUUUGAUCGAAAAACAGUGUUGGAAAUCCAUGAUGAAGUAAUGAAGAGUUCAAAACUGGGUAUUGUCGCAUCGUCAAAUAUAGAACCAGAACUUGUUGUUUAUCGGACGAAUGAGAUAACUCAAUGA